AUGGCAGCUGUUGCAGAGAAUGCAAUCAGCUCCGAUGAUAAGUUCCUUCAUCAUUUUUUCAUGGCUGUAAGUUCUGCUGAUUUGGUUUUAGGUGUUGCAGAUCUUCAUACUCCAGAACUUGUGGUAGCUGCUGAAGCUACAUUGGUUGACAUGGUGAUAAUACUAGUGAUAAUUGGCCAGAUGGGUGUUUUUCUUGGCCAUGUCACCACCAUCGCGAAGCUAAAUCCUAGUAUCAUGUUGGUCCAUGAAAGCAGUGAAGUCACCAAGUACUUCAUAAGCAGUGGAUUUGCAUUCAUCCAUGCAAAUUCAGUUGCAGAUGCAGUGGCUAUUAAGGCUGUCCCAGUCGACUACAUCGACCCACACCUUAUACAGAAGGGGUUUGCAGAGUUCACGCAGAAGCUCAGCUCGGCCUCGACCUACUUGGAGAAGGCUAAAGCUCAAAUGGGGGUGGAUGUUCACAGUGCUCUCAACUCUGCGAUUACAAGGUAAUGAAUGAUCUUGCAUCCCACCAGGUUUUUUUUCUUUCUCUUUGGGUUGUAUUUCAUCUCUUUCAUCAAGAGCUUUGAAGAUUAUUUGGUUGUCAAGAUUGAGAUCUAUUCAGUUUGUAUUUUGGAUUGGCUGCCAUG